AAAAUGGAAGCCAUUUUAAAGUCAACUACCUGCGAGAGCGAUUGAGAAAAAGCUGCAGAGGACGUCCCAUUGCUGUUAAAAAGUCCUGGAGCAGAAGGAGGAUUUGAAGCCGGUCCUCUCUGCCUUUGCGGAACAGCAGCUGCUCUUGCCUCGCUCAGGUUCUGAGUCUGCUUCUCCACGUGGCACCUUGGAGCUUCUAGCUGGCACCAUUACCUCCAACGAGUGGAGCUCUCCCACCUCCCCUGAGGGGAGCAACGACUCAGGGGGCAGUGAGGCCUUGGACAAACCAAUUGACAAUGAUGCUGAGGGUGUAUGGAGUCCGGACAUUGAGCAGAGCUUCCAGGAAGCGCUAGCCAUCUACCCACCAUGCGGACGGCGGAAGAUAAUCUUGUCAGACGAAGGCAAGAUGUAUGGCCGAAAUGAGCUGAUUGCCCGCUAUAUUAAGCUGAGAACAGGGAAAACACGCACAAGGAAACAGGUAUCUAGUCACAUCCAGGUCCUGGCAAGGCGGAAAGCCAGAGAGAUCCAAGCCAAGCUCAAGGAUCAGGCAGCUAAAGAUAAAGCCAUGCAGAGUAUGGCUACAAUGUCAUCUGCCCAGAUUAUCUCUGCAACUGCCUUCCAUAGUAAAAUGGCUUUGCCUGGUCUCCCACGACCAGCCUACCCUGCUGUUUCUGGGUUUUGGCAAGGACCUUUGCCAGGCCAAGCUGGAUCUUCUCAAGAUGUGAAACCUUUUUCUCAACAACCAUAUGCUGUACAGCCUCCGCUGCCACUACCAGGGUUUGAGUCUCCUGCUGGUCUCUCCCCUUCACCAUCAGUACCAGCUUGGCAAGGACGAAGAGUUGCUAGCUCCAAACUUUGGAUGUUAGAAUUCUCUGCAUUCUUGGAACAGCAGCAAGAUCAAGAUACAUAUAACAAACACCUGUUCGUGCACAUUGGGCAAUCAAGUCCCAGCUACAAUGAUCCCUAUCUUGAGGCAGUGGAUAUCCGGCAGAUCUAUGACAAGUUCCCUGAGAAAAAAGGGGGCCUGAAGGAGCUGUUUGAAAGGGGGCCAGCUAAUGCCUUCUUCCUUGUCAAGUUCUGGGCUGAUUUGAACACCAAUAUUGAAGAUGAAUCCAGAUCUUUCUAUGGUGUUUCAAGCCAAUAUGAGAGCCCGGAAAACAUGGUCAUUACCUGUUCCACUAAAGUGUGUUCCUUUGGAAAGCAGGUGGUGGAGAAAGUGGAGACAGAGUAUGCACGGUAUGAAAAUGGACACUAUUCCUAUCGCAUUCACCGUUCCCCUCUUUGUGAAUACAUGAUAAACUUCAUUCAUAAACUCAAGCACCUUCCUGAGAAGUAUAUGAUGAACAGUGUGCUGGAGAACUUUACUAUCUUACAGGUGGGACUUUGAACUGUUUUCGUUGGAGCUUGGAAACAUGUUGUGACAAACAGGGACACACAGGAGACCUUGCUGUGCAUAGCAUAUGUUUUUGAGGUGUCAGCUAGUGACCAUGGUGCCCAGCAUCACAUCUACCGGCUGGUGAAGGACUAGAGACUUAUCUGCCCUGAGUCAUCCAUGGGAUGCAUGCCUGAGGAAAAAGCCUAUGCUUGAAAAUCCCUUGUUCCCUCAUACCAAACUGAAAAAUAAACUGCAGAUACUGUGUAUUUUCAGAAAAGCA